AUGCCGUGGAUACAAAAGGUCAUCCGCAACGAGGCGGUCAGGCUGGACCCUCCAGAGGUGUACAACUGGAGGGUGUUUGCCCUGGCCGCGGCAGCAUGUUUCGGCGGGACGCUGUUCGGCAUGGACACGGGCAUCAUCGGCGGCGUGCUCACCCUGCCCGACUUCAAGAAGGAGUUUGGCCUCGAGGGCUUCACCACCUCGGCCAGCGCCAACCUGUCGGCCAACCUCGUCAGCACCAUGCAGGCCGGCGCCAUCGUCGGGGCCCUGGCCGCCCUGCCCCUCGGCGAGAAGCUCGGCCGGAAGCCCAGCCUCAUGAUCAUCGCCGUCUUCGCCCUCGCCGGCGGUCUCAUCCAGGCCUUCUCCAACGGCAAUUUUGGCACCUUUUAUGCGGGCCGGGUCAUCGAGGGCUUGGGCCUGGGCGGUGCGACCAUGCUUGCGCCGCUUUACGUCUCCGAGAACUCGCCGCGCGCCAUCCGAGGGUUGUUGAUUGGCUUUUACCAGCUUUUUGAGACCAUGGGGGCCAUGAUUGCUUUCUUUAUUGAUUAUGGCUCGCUGCUCCAUAUCAAGGGUCACGCUUCUUGGCAGGUCCCCCUGGCCCUGCAGUCCCUCCCACCCUUCCUCAUCUUCAUCACCAUCUUCUUCUGCCCAGAGUCCCCGCGCUGGCUCGCCAGCAAGGACAACUGGGAGAAGGCCUCGGGGGUGCUGUCGAGCGUGCGCCACCUCCCCGUCGAGCACCCGUACAUCCAGCAGGAGCUCCUGGAGAUGAGGAUGCAGCUCGAGGAAGAGCGGCGGUCGGUCCAUGGGUCUGGCUUCUGGGCUAUGCAGAAGGAGUGCUGGCUUAUUCCUGGGAACAGGAAGCGGGCUCUUAUGGCCAUGGCGCUGAUGACUGCACAGCAGUGGACAGGCACCAACGCCAUCAACUACUACGCCCCCGAGAUCUUCGAAUCCCUCGGCAUCACAGGCAACGCCGAGUCCCUCCUGGCCACAGGUGUGUACGGCAUCGUCAAGAUGUGCUCCUGCGCCAUCUUCAUCACCUUCCUCGCCGACACCCUAGGCCGCCGCUGGUCCUUUGUCUGGACCGGCUUCGCCAUGGGCAUCUUCAUGUUCUACCUCGGCUUCUUUGUUCGCUUUGCCGCCCCCAAGACCGGUGCGCCUCAGACGCCUGCGGGCACCGCCGCCCUGGUCAUGGUCUACCUCUUUGCCGCUGCAUUUCAGUUCGGCUGGGGCCCUGUGUGUUGGAUCUAUGUCAGCGAGAUCCCGACAAACCGGCUUCGAGGCUACACCGUCAGCAUUGCUGCUGCCACGCAGUGGGUGUUCAACUUGGUCGUCACCAGAAUCACGCCCAUCAUGCUCAAGACGGUCGGCGGAAGUACUGGGUACGGAACGUAUUUUCUCUAUGGGAGCUUUUGCUUUACUAUGGGCACCGUAGCGUUCUGGAUCCCAGAGACAAAAGGGUUGUCGCUGGAGCGCAUGGACGAGCUCUUUGGCACGGCCGACCUGGGUGUGGACGACCUCGGGGCCGCGACGAAACGGGCCGAGGCGGGAGAUGUCGAGGCUUCGCAGUAUGAGUACUCUGAGCAGCAGAAAUGA